AUGGUUAUGUGUUCUACGGAGUGCAAGAUGUGUACUGAUAUAAAGCGUAAAGAAAACAGGGUUACCUUAACUUGUGACCAAAUACGCGAAUUUGUGGAUGGUCAUAACACGCGUCGUUUAAAAGUUGCACAGGGGUUAGUGCCUGGGCAACCUGCAGCGUCGGAUAUGCAGUUUAUGGUAUGGGAUGAAGAACUUGAAGAAAAGGCAAGCGAGUGGGCAGAUAAAGGAGUAUUCGCACAUAACCCAGACAAAUAUGUAGAAUAUAAAAAUUAUAAUUUUGUGCCUUUCUAUUUGGACUCUGUUAAUCAAUUUCGUCACUAUACACAGAUGGUUUGGUCUAGCACUAAUCGUAUCGGUUGCGGCGUUUCACAGAUAAAGGACAAUAACUGCACAAAAACGCUGUUCGUUUGUGACUAUGGUCCAACCGGAAAUUAUUUUGAACAAAAACCGUACAACUUCAAUCAGCGAGCAACAAACAUACUUCGAUGCAGCGAUGGCUGCUGCAGUAGACCUUAUGGAUCAAAUUGUUAA